CUGUAUAAGCAGAAAGGUAUACCACAGACAGGUGCGUUUCGCUACUACCAGUAGUGUAGGAAGAACCCGGAUAUAUAAUUUCCAAGUUCAACUCAUUUUGUUGUUUGUUAUUCCGAAGAUUGAUUCGGGUUGUAAUCAUGUCAAACCCAGAAGAAACCUUGAGAUAUUUUGCCACCUAUGCAGGGCUGGCUACGGUUAAGAUGAUGAUACUUGGACCAAUGACUGCAUUCUAUCGAUUAAAAGACGCGACAUUUGCAAACGAGGAAGAUUACGCUCUGUCUACCAAGAAAGAUCGACGACCAGUUUUCAAUCACCCUCGUAUUGAACGAAUUAGAAGAUGCAAUUUGAAUGACCUUGAGAACAUCGUGCCCUUCGUGAUCAUUGGCGGACUCUUCGCGGUCUACUCGGGCGCCCCUCUUACCACCAUCAUCUGGCACUACCGCAUCUUUGUUGGUUCCAGGUUCUUACACUGCAUAGCAUACCUUCUGCCCCUUCCCCAGCCUAUCAGGGCUCUGUGUUUCGGGGUCGGAUUGAGCACCAAUCUGUCCAUGGCCAUCCGACUUCUUAGUAACGUCUGGCAGCUAUAAACUUAAAUAUGUUAAAGAUUGACCUUUGUUAAAGCAGUCAUCA